AUGUCUUCGACUCUCGCUGCGAGAAGGAAGCAGCCGAAAGAAAACGACGGAGUCCUAGAACCUGAGCAAGAUUCAGAGCGGACCAUCACCCCGACAUACCGCCCAGGGGUCAAUAUCAAGGAAGCUACUAAGACGCGGAAGACAUUCAUCAUAGUAACAUCCGUCUUGUACGCCAUUUCGGUCAUCUUUUUGAUUCUGGUACUCAUCGGCAACAUCAAUAACAAGCCCGUGAUUCGCAGCACGUACUUCUACAAGCUCGACCUGACGAACAUCAUCCCCUCUUCAGCCGAAAACAUCGUCCUCGUCAAUUCUCUCGCCCGCUCCCUCGGCCUCCACGAUUUCUACCAGGUUGGCCUUUGGAACUUCUGCGAAGGCUACAACGAUGAAGGAAUCACAUACUGCCACCCGAGAGAGAGCCUCUACUGGUUCAACCCGGUCGAGGUCCUGCUCAACGAGCUGUUUUCCGGCGCGACGAUCGCCAUCCCGGUACAGCUCGUCAACAUCCUCCAGCUGAUCCGCAUCGCGUCGCGCAUCAUGUUCGGCUUCUUCCUCGCCGGGACCUGCAUGAACGUCGUGUCCACGGGCCUCGUCUUCGCCGCCCUGCGGUCCCGCUGGUGGUCCCUCGUCCUCACCAUCUGGACCCUCGUGGCGGGUAUCAUGAUCCUGGCGGCCAGCGUCAUCGGGACAGCCAUGGCCCUGAUCUUCCGGAGGGUAGCCACUUCCCAGAACGAGCUCAACAUCGGCGCCGCCUAUGGCGAGGUCAUGUUUGCCUUCAUAUGGAUCGCGACCGGAUGCUCCGUGAUUGCCUUCCUCCUCCACGCGGGCAUGAUGUGCUGCUGUGCUAGCAGGAGGGACGUGGAGACCGGUCGGAGGAUGGGCAGGAAGAGCGCUUAUGGCAAUGUGGGCAUGGAUGAGAGAAAGAGACCCUUGCGCCUGAGGCAAUGGGCGAAGCUGCCCAAGUGGGGACGGAGGAAGGCUGAGGCCGACAUCUUAUAG